AUGGCGGGGCCGCGGGACCCCGCGGAGCGCUGCUCCUGCCGCAACACCAACUGCGUGGAGCGGCCGCUGCGCCGGCUCUUCGAAGGGCUGGCGAGCGGCGUGGCCGCCUGCCCCUGGCCCUUCGUGCUGGUGCCGCUGCUGCUGUCGGGCGGGCUGGGCGCCGGCUUCGUCUUCCUACCGCAGCGGCAGGAGAACGACAUCGAGGGGCAGUUCACGCCCACGUGGGGGCCCGCCAAGGCCGAGCGCGACUUCGUGCGGCGGCAUUUCCCCACCAACGACUCGGAGCGCUUCUCCGCCGCGCGGCUGCCCACCGAGGGCGCCUACGCCGCCCUCAUCGCCGUGGCGACGAACGGGGCCUCGGUGCUGGACGCGGCGCCGUGGGCAGAGGUGCUGCGGCUGAACGCGACCGUGCACGACGCCGAGUACGAGCGGCUCUGCGCCCGCACUGACGGCGGCUGUGCCAGCCCCAACGAGCUGCUGUCGCGGUGGGGCCAUGCGGGACCGCAAGACCCGAGGAGCCUCCGCUUCCCCGUCAACGACAGCAUCUUCCUGGGGACCGCGCUGGGCGGCGUGGAGACGGACGGCGGGCAGGUGCUCAGGGCGCGGGCCCUGAAGCUGCAGUAUUACCUGCGGGAGGACGGCCCCGAGGCGCAGGACAGCCGCCAGUGGCUGGAGGGCUUCCUGCAGAACAUCUCGUCCAAAGUGGCGGAGCUGCACCUCGGCUCCAUUCAGGUGACUUAUUUUACCUCGCUGUCCAGACAACAAGAGUUUGAAGGAAAUACCAAGAGUGUGAUCCCCCUCUUCUCCAUAACAUAUUUCCUUACAAUAACCUUUGCAAUCGUCUCUUGCCUAAGACUGAGCUGUAUAAGAAAUAAUACCUGGCUUGCAAGCUGUGGAGUGCUUUCUUCUGGCUUAGCUGUAUUGAGCAGCUUUGGAUUGCUGCUCUUCUGUGGAGUGCCGUUUGUGGUCACUGUAGCAAAUGCACCAUUCCUCAUUCUGGGGGUUGGCGUUGAUGACAUGUUCAUCAUGAUUGCUUCCUGGGAACAAAGUUUAAGGAAAAAAGAGAAAUCCAAUGUUAAAUCUCUGCUGGCUGAGACUUAUUCAGAGGCAGCACUUUCUGUGACCAUCACCACUCUGACGGAUGUUUUGGCCUUCUUCAUUGGCACCUGGACUGCUUUUCCGUCCGUGAGGUCUUUCUGCCUCUAUACAGGGACAGCUUUUAUCUUCUGCUAUGUAUAUACCUUGACCUUCUUUGGGGCAGUUCUGGUAUUAAAUCACAAAAGGGAGCAAGGGAACCGGCACUGGCUGACUUGUAUGAGUGUGAAUGUAGGUAAAGAUCAGGCUGAGAACUCCUGCUUGUACAAUGCUUGCUGUAUCGGCAGCUCUUCUAGGCAGCCAUCUGAGCCAGAAGGUGACCAUCCAAUGAACGUAUUCUUUAAGAAGUAUUAUGGCCCUUUUGUUACAAAUAAAUGGAGCAAGGUGCUCAUGGUGUUGCUCUACGGAGCAUAUUUGGCCAGCAGCAUUUAUGGGUGUACUCAGAUCAGGGAAGGCAUCGAUCUCCGAAAUCUGGCAAAUGAUGCCUCCUAUGUUAUUCCAUACUAUGAUGAUGAUGACAAAUACUUCUCCACAUAUGGACCCAGGGUCAUGGUUGCCAUUAGUGAGAGUGUAGAUUAUUGGAACGAGUCGGUGCGCCUUGGUAUUGAGAGCUGUGUACAGAAUUUAGAGAACAUUUCCUAUGUAGAUAAGAACCUCACAGAGUCAUGGCUGAGAGUAUACACAGAACUUGACAAAAGGGGUUUGAUAAAUAUAAGCAGUAAAACUGACUUCUUAAAUAACUUAAAUGUACUGUUCAGAGCUCGUCCCAGUUUUGAGUGGGACAUAAACAAGACUCAGGAUGAAAUAGAGGCUUCACGUUUCUUCAUCCAGACAGUGAAUGUGACAUCAGCCGUGGAUGAGAAGAACCUCGUCAAUGAGUUAAGAGAGGCAGCCAAGCAGUGCAGCAUUCCACUGAGGGUGUAUCAUCCAGCCUUCAUCUACUACGACCAGUACCUGGUAAUAGUGCAGAACACUAUUCAGAAUGUUGUGGUUGCUGCCGGGGCCAUGCUCGUUGUGUCCCUCGUGCUCAUUCCCAACCCGUUGUGCUGCUUGUGGGUGACCUUUGCUAUAGCCUCUGUUAUAGUUGGCGUUGCUGGUUUCAUGACGUUCUGGAACGUCAACCUCGAUUCCAUAUCCAUGAUCAACCUGGUCAUUUGCAUUGGGUUUUCAGUAGAUUUUUCUGCUCAUAUUUCCUAUGCCUUUGUUACAAGUGGAGAGUCAUCGGCCAAUAAAAGGGCAAUUGAAGCUCUGUCCCUGCUAGGUUACCCAGUUCUACAAGGUGCAGUUUCUACAAUACUGGGCGUAGUUGUCCUGGCUGCAGCGAGCACCUACAUCUUUAGGACAUUCUUCAAGAUCAUGUUCCUUGUUAUUUUGUUUGGGGCUCUUCAUGGUCUUGUUUUUAUUCCAGUGUUUUUAACAUUUUUUGGAAACUUUGGCAGUUCACCUCACAAUACCAUGUCUAUAAGUUUAGAGCAUAGGUUUAGAAAUGAUAAGGAUUGUCCAUGAAUUAUUUAAAUAUAAGAUUUUAUAUAUUUACUAUGUGGAGGCUCAAAUGCAGUGACUGUCAGGAAAUAUAAGACAUAAAAAGUAGAAGAAUAAAUACAUGAGAUCAACAAAGGCUUCAGAAAAGCCAGGUAAGAAAAAUAGCAAGAAACCGCACAGAAUGUAUUUGCAUUUUUUGCCUUUGUGUAUGUUCAACUACCACCUUAAUAUUGCUAAUUAUCUGUCACUAUAGGACAUGAAAUAAAAUGAUGCAGCCACGCAGCUCUCCAAGGUAAAAAAGAGCACUUUAAUUUCUGACUCCAACAUUUAUAGAUUUCCAAAAGUGACAGUGGAAUGUAGGGUAACACUGCCACCUUUCCAAUGACUCUGGACAAACCAAUAGUCCAUCAAAUUUCUCCUCCAUAAAAGAAUGUAAAACAAUAAGUUAUUUAUGUAAAGUGCAUGAGUAAGUUCAUUACAAGAAUGUAAACAUCAGAAGGCUUAGAAAAACUUGAAACAGGGCGACAGUUAUCAUUUUUGUGUGACUUUUUAACUGAAUGUAUUAAAAUUUUUACAAACACUGACCACUUCACCCGGUGAAUGGAAUCUGUUACAUGUUUGCAGGACACAGUCAUAGCAGCAGAAAAGAGUAACUCUCAUUGGACUGGAUUUCCUCCUUGUUUGCCUUGAUGCUGUAACUCAUCCCAGCACUGAGCUGGAAGACAAUUUUUUGCCCAAGAGGCUCAAAUCUUGCUGUUUUACAGCAAAAUUAUAAGAGGUCAGAACUGUCUCAGACUGCAGUAACUCAUAAGUCUUCAGGAGACAAAAUGUGCUUAGAUUCCUAAUGCAGCACAAAAAACCCUUGCGGAAGACUCACCCCAAGCUGACUCCCAUUUUCUAUUCAAGGCCUUUUCUUGGUGUCCUGUUUUCUAGCUAAGGCUGAACAUCUGGUGCCAUUAAGAAGUUUGCGUGUAGCUUCUGUUGGCUGCAGUUUGCAAAGUUUAUUGAACUUUUGUGGACCUCCCGAGUAACCACUUGGGAGACAUUCCAUGGUAUGACAGGGCAGGGAUUCACUAGAGACAAUCACACCCUAAUUUGGGACAAAGUGAAAAAGAAACCCAUGUUUAUGCAGAUCAGUCCCAAAACUGUAAACCCAUAAAUUCAAUUAUUUUCAUCAGUGACAACACAUCCUGUGAUGCAUCAAUAGAGCAGAGGAGCUUUCACUGAGUAGUAUCUAAGAAUAUGUGAGGUGAUCUUCUAACCUAUGGGGACAAGGCAGUAGGUAAAAAUCAAUUCAUAAUUUGUUGCCAAUAUCAUGAUAGACUCAUUGGAAAUAAAGUAAGUGUUUGUAAUUCUGGAAAAAUUGGU